UGAUAAAAGAUAAGAAUAAGACUCGCUGAGCGAAAGAGAGGGUCUUAAGAUUUUGAAUGUUUCUCUGCGAUAUGGCGAAUCUUCCGAUUCUUCAAUUUGAAGAGAAGAUCGUGGAAACAGUGGAGAAGAACUCAGUAGUAGUUAUAAUUGGAGAAACCGGUUCUGGGAAGAGUACUCAGCUCUCUCAGAUACUUCAUCGACAUGGUUACACAAAGUCCGGCGUCAUCGCCAUCACUCAGCCCCGACGUGUGGCUGCCGUUUCCGUUGCUAGGCGAGUCGCACAGGAGCUUGAUGUACCUCUUGGAGAAGAUGUUGGUUAUGCAAUACGUUUCGAGGACAGAACUUCGAGCAAAACACGGAUUAAGUACCUCACAGAUGGAGUUCUACUUCGUGAGAGUCUGUCCAAUCCAAUGCUUGAUGAUUAUUCUGUAAUCAUAUUGGAUGAGGCUCACGAGAGGAGUUUAAACACGGAUAUUCUGUUGGGUCUAGUGAAACGGUUGGUUAGAAUCCGUGCAUCCAACUUUAAAGUUCUUAUAACCUCUGCAACUCUUGACGGUGAAAAGGUUUCUGAAUUCUUUUCGGGCUGCCCUGUGCUGAAUGUACCUGGAAAAUUAUACCCUGUGGAAAUAUUAUACAGCAAAGAGCGUCCUGUCAGCUAUAUUGAGUCAUCUCUGAAAGUAGCAAUUGAUAUUCAUGUUUGUGAGCCAGAAGGUGAUAUCUUAAUCUUCAUGACUGGACAGGAUGAUAUAGAAAAAUUAGUAUCAAAGCUAGAGGAAAAAGUACGAAGCUUAGCAGAAGGAUCCUGUAUGGAUGCUAUUAUCUAUCCUCUUCACGGUUCUUUGCCACCUGAAAUGCAGGUUCGUGUAUUUAGUCCUCCUCCUCCAAACUGCCGGAGAUUUAUUGUUGCUACAAAUAUUGCUGAAACUUCCCUUACUGUGGACGGGGUUGUGUAUGUAAUUGAUUCCGGGUAUGUGAAGCAAAGACAAUAUAACCCAUCAAGUGGAAUGUAUUCUCUUGAUGUUAUUCAAAUUAGCAAAGUGCAAGCUAACCAACGUGCUGGACGUGCUGGCAGAACAAGACCUGGGAAAUGUUAUCGUUUAUACCCAUUGGCAGUCUACCGAGAUGACUUCCUUGAUGCAACUAUUCCUGAAAUACAACGAACUUCUCUUGCUGGGAGUGUUCUAUACUUGAAAUCGUUGGAUCUUCCUGAUAUUGACAUUCUCAAGUUUGAUUUUCUUGAUGCUCCAUCAUCUGAGUCAUUAGAAGAUGCGUUGAAGCAAUUGUAUUUCAUUGAUGCAAUUGAUGAGAAUGGAGCAAUAACAAGAAUUGGACGGACAAUGUCUGAGCUUCCACUAGAACCAUCAUUGUCAAGAACAUUGAUAGAAGCGAAUGAAAACGGUUGCUUAUCUCAAGCUCUAACAGUCGUUGCUAUGCUAUCAGCAGAGACUACUCUUCUUCCUGCUAGGAGUAAACCCAGUGAAAAGAAGAGGAAGCAUGAUGAUGAUUCUAACCUUCCUAAUGGAUCCGGGUUUGGUGAUCACAUUCAACUGCUACAGAUUUUCGAAUCUUGGGACCGUACUAAUUAUGAUCCUGCAUGGUGCAAAGAGAACGGCAUGCAGGUGCGAGGGAUGGUCUUUGUCAAAGAUGUUAGAAGACAGUUAUGUCAGAUUAUGCAGAAAAUAUCCAAAGAUCGAUUGGAAGUUGGGGCACAUGGUAGGAAGAGUUCAAGCCGAGACGACUACAGGAAGUUGAGGAAAGCUCUAUGCGUUGGUAAUGCAAACCAAAUUGCUGAGAGAAUGCUUCGUCACAAUGGAUACCGGACUCUUAGUUUCCAGUCCCAGCUAGUCCAGGUGCAUCCAUCAUCUGUGUUGAGUGCCGACAACGACGGAAUGUUGCCUAAUUACGUAGUGUACCAUGAGCUGAUUUCCACCACACGUCCGUUCAUGCGGAACGUUUGUGCAGUAGACAUGUCAUGGGUGGCUCCCAUCAAAAGAAAGAUCGAGAAAUUAAAUGUCAGAAAACUGAGCGGUGGACCGGCUCCCUCUUUCAAGAAACCUGAAGAGAAGACGGAGUUGUCUAAGAACGAUCCAGAAACACCUGCAGUUUCUGAAAAUGUCGAGAGUCGGAUUGAAGCAGCCAGAGAACGAGAGAUGAAGCAAAGUAGUUGUUGUGAAGUUUGGAGAUGGAAUAAGGAAGCAGAGAUGAAUGCGAUGAGCGAUUGUUUGAAACAUUGUAGUUUCAUCGCUAUAGAUACAGAGUUUCCGGGAUGUUUAAAAGAGACUCCCAUGGAAGCUAGUGAGGAAACUCGUUACAGAAGCAUGAAGUAUAACGUGGAAAACACCCAUCUCAUCCAGUUAGGUCUCACCUUAUUCGCUGGAGAAUUUUCUAAAACUUGGGAAAUAAACUUCUCAGAUUUCAACGAGUGGAAGGACUUGAAGAAUGAGAAAUCUAUCGCGUUUCUGAAAAGUAAUGGUCUAGAUCUGGAAAAGAUCAGAGAGGAAGGAAUUGGAAUCGAAGAAUUCUUCAAGGAGUUUACUCAGAUGAUUCUCAAGGAGAAGGAGAUGACUUGGGUGACUUUUGAAGGCUCGUACGACAAGGCUUAUCUAGUGAAAGGCUUAACCGGAGGAAAACCAUUGCCGGAGACUUUGGAAGAGUUUGACGAAACGGUUGAGAGGCUUUUGGGAGAACGUGUUUAUGAUGUGAAGAAAAUGGCUGGAUCAUGCAGAGGACUAAGUAGCCGUUUCGGACUGCAGAGAAUAGCAGAUGCGUUUCAGAUGAGGCGUGUUGGAAUGGCUCAUCACGCUGGCUCAGACAGUGAAUUAACGGCUCGUGUCUUCACCAAGUUGACUUUCGAAUUGUGCAAGAGAAACCAGAGUCUAAGAGCUGAUGAUCUGCAAUAUCAACAAGACCUUCUGAUGACUUUAGAUUUGCACAAUAGAAAGCUGAUUCUAAGACCUGAUGAUCUGCUAUACCAGCUAUACCAACAAGACCUUCUGAUGACUACAUGCUAUCUCCCACAGCCGCCACCAAUACCGAGACCGGUGAUGUUUGCUGCUCACCCGAACCCGUAUUUUGGUGGUGGUUACUAUGGGAUGCCUGUCCGAGGAAUGAACUAUGUAUGAUAUGAUGAUCCCUCAAUGUUUAACAUGACUUGCUGCUAUUAUGUAUUCAUUCUUGUUUUAUCACAUCUUUCUUUUAAUACUUAAGACUAACUUUCAUAUUUUUCAGCUUUUCUUGUCGAUCCAAACAAUUCUCUCAACUGUCUUGUUAUAAUACAAUUUCUCUUUACUA